GCCAUCGUAGUUAUAUAUCUAUGGUCAUCUCCCCUUCUCUUUUCCCUCUGUUUUCAUUCCCUUGCACAGCACUCAAUAUUGAAGUUAAUAAUUGAGCACCAUGUCUUUAAGAACGACCUCUAUCAAGAAUGGGAGCUCGGAUGACGAGAAGGGACAGCAGCCAGCUGUUGGCCGUGGUGUUGUCGAGCCAUAUUAUCCCGACGCCGAAGAUCCAUUGGAGGAGAAUGAGGUCUUCAAGAAGACACAUGGGGGUGUGGACUUCCGAACCGUGGGAUGGCCUCGAGCUUCAGUCAUCUUCUUGAAGGUCAUCUUCGCCACUGGAGUCCUCAGUAUUCCUACAGCAAUGUACAGCCUGGGUGCUCUUGGAGGUGCUCUGUCGGUCAUUGGCUGGGGGGCACUCAACACCUACACCGGUCUUGUCCAAGGAAACUUCCGCAAUUCUCAUCCUGGCUGUCAUUCCAUCGCCGACAUGGCAGAGCUCCUUGGCGGUACAAUCCUGAAGGAACUGGUCGGCGCUCUCUUCCUUGUGGCGUAUGUCCUCUGCGCAGGUUCAGGAAUCCUCGGAGUGUCCGUUGGCCUCAACGCGCUCUCCACACACGCAGCGUGCACAGUUUGGUGGUCAUUCAUCGGAACUAUUGUUAUCACAGCAACAGCAUCAGUCCGAAAAUUCCACCAAAUCGGCUGGCUCACAUGGGCCGGCUUCACUAGCAUCUUCGUCGCGGUCUUCAUCAUCGUCGUCGCAGUCACCACACUAGACCGCCCCGCCGCUGCCCCUCAAACCGGCGACUAUGAACUCGGAUACUUUGUCAUCGCACAUCCAACCUUCAUCGCUGGCAUCACAGCCUCAGCAACGAUCUUCGUCUCCUCAGCCGGGACCUCCGCCUUCCUGCCCGUCAUCUCCGAGAUGCGAAAUCCGAAAGACUAUAACAAAGCCCUCUAUACCUGCAUGGCAAUCGUGCAAGCAGCCUACCUCUCCUUCUCCCUCGUCGUCUACCGUUGGUGCGGCCAAUGGGUUGCAUCCCCCUCGCUCGGCUCGGCGGGCCCGGUCGUCAAAAAGGUGGCCUACGGAGUUGGACUCAUCGGCUUGAUCGUCUCAGCGUGUCUCUACCUCCACGUUGCAGCGAAAUAUCUCUUCGUCCGCAUCCUGCGGAAUUCGCCUCAUCUUCAACAAAACACCUGGGUUCACUGGACGACCUGGCUCUCUUGCACUUGUGGCUUGGCAUCCUUAUCAUUCAUCCUCGCUAAGGCGAUUCCAAUCUUCAACUACUUGCUUGCAUUGACGGGAAGUAUCUGCUUUGCGCCGCUAGCAAUUAUGCUUCCGGGCUUCUUGUGGCUGUAUGAUCACGCCGCGUACAGAAAAGGGACUCUGACGCAGAAGGCGCUUUAUUAUGCACAUUGCUUCUUGCCGCUGCUAGGAGCUUUCUUGUGUGUGGGUGGAACGUAUGGGGUGGUGCAGUUGAUUAUUAAUGCUUAUGCUGAUCAUUCGAUUGGGAGUGCGUUCUCGUGUGCCGAUAACUCGAACUCGACGUAAAUAUUUCUUUGCGUGUGCGCAAGGCAUGAUGUUUAGAGAUGAUUUACGAUAUUGCAAAUCAGGGGGAAGGCUGAGUGGCUGGCAUGGUCGAGAUUACAGAUUCAUAUAACCCGAUACCAAGGUACAAUUCCGU